CGAGAUUUGAUGGUUGUCAACAUUCCAAAGUUUUCCAUGUUUUUCCAGCUGCAAGAUGUUCUGCUGGCGGAUCUUAGUGUUUCUAGGUUUAAUUAGCUGCGUUCGUCCAGAAGAAGCAUGGAAAGGUGCGUGGUUUCCCAACGUGCCCGAACAGCUUGCCACCGAAGCGGGGGGAGUGGAAAAGGGCGCUGAAAGUGACCAUGCUGCGACCGGUGGUUCGAUGCGAGUGGCCAUGGGCAUCGAAAAUCCGGAUUGCGAUGAUGCAAAGCACGGGUUGGCGAUAGACUUUGAUCCGUACAACAUCACCCACUCGACGGUUUACAUGUGCCUGGAACAGAAGGCGGAUUAUAAAGGCGAUUACAACAUAGACGCUGUAAUCACAGAACGAAUAGUUCCGCCAACCUACGUUGCCAACCACAAGUGCAUGAACAGCAGCAUAGAAUACGCGGAAAGAAUCCCGUCCUACGGAACUCAUCGGCCACUCUGGCCACGAUACGGCGAGUAUCGAUAUGUUCCGACUCAGCGAUGGCUCCAUAACAGCGAACAUGGUGCCGUCAUUGCUCUCUACCAUCCUUGCGCAAACAAGCAGCAGGUCGACGAACUGAAACAAAUCGUGAAAGGGUGCCUUUACCGGCACAUCAUUACACCCUCUCAGCUACCGACCCGGGAUCGUCCGUUUGCGCUGGUAACGUGGCACGCAACGCUAGAAUUUUCCGUCCUGGUUCGCAACACCGUGGAGUCGUUCAUCGAAAAGUACGCGUUGAAGGGGCCGGAACAAACGCAUCGUGACGGGCAGUACGAUCAUCUGCUACUGGAUCCGGCAAAGGUGAUCUCAACGGAGGACGAUAGUAUCCUGUGUCCCAAGAAACGGCGUGAUUAACCCCCGUAGACGGCCACCGUCUUCCGCUUGCCAUUUUAUGCUUCGAUGCGAGCAGGAAUUAUUUGUACAACAAUCUACAUCGAUGUGAUAACUUUUAUUCGAAAAUAUGGUGCAUAAUACACGAUACCGAUCUGAGGAGGGGCCUACAGCACAGGGCAAGAAAA